AUGUUUGACCCCACGCACCGACUAGUUUCUGUCGAGGGUCUGAAAAAAAGCCUGGGAGAGGUGCUCUUCAGACGGCACAGACGGGUGUCAGGUCACUUCACUGUAGUCCAUGACUUGCUGAGAACUGUGUCAGUGCUGAGGCCUGGUGGCCCGGGGGGCUGCGGCAUUCACAAAAGGGCCUUGGUGGAGGAAACAGUCCAGGCUGCUGGGUGUCUGUACACCCAGAACGGCGGUUUCUUCAACACCAAGACGGGCCAGUGUUUGAGCAAUGUGGUGAGGGACGGCAGGAUGGUGCAGGACCAGUACCCUGAUGUUUGGGUAAGAGAUAAAACGGGUGUAUUUGGGUAUCUAUCUCAGGAAGAUGUUUUGGACCAGUCAAACCCAUUUGUCCAGCUGAUCAGUGGAGUGGUGUGGCUGCUCAGAAAUGGUACAAUCAAAAUCACACCCAGCUUGAUGACUGAUUGUGAGAAGACACAGGAGACUGGUGAUUUCAAACAUUUCACCGAUGUUGAGAUGGCAAGAACCGCUGUGGGCCCCGAUGCUCAGGGCAGAGAAAAAGGUAUGCGUCUUUGGGAGAGCUUCCUGAAGACGAAGGGAGUCAUCAACGCCAUCAAUCUGGACGGAGGCAGGUCUUCCACCUUCUUCUCCAAUGGCUCAUUGGGUAGCUACCCUUCUGAUGCGUGCAAACCAGACAACAGUUGGCGCUGCGCUCGGCGAGUCUCCACCAUCUUGUGUGUACACCCGUGCCUUUGCCAGCCACCAGACUGCAGUGGGCACGGCGAAUGUGUGGAUGGACUCAGUCGCUGCCAGGGGUGCCACCUGCGACUUUGCUGCGUGUCAGCCUCCCCAACCCGCGGCACCCAAGGUGUCUGCACCACCAGUGGUUGUGUCUGUGAUGCUGGGUGGAGAGGACAGGACUGCAGCCAAGAGUGCCUGCCAGGUUUCUAUGCUGAUGGCUGCAAUCAUACCUGCUCCUGCAUGAACGGCGGCACGUGCCAUCACAUCUUUGGAAACUGCAGCUGCCCUCCAGGAUUCUCUGGCGCAACCUGUGAAGAAGAUGGACGCUCUCAAGCCAGAGUGACAUCCGCUUCUUUGCUCACAGAGUCAACAUGGCUGACAAUAACCGUCGUCCUGAGAUUUGUGCUGCUGCUCAGCCGGGUGCCAGUGACGUGCGGUCAGGGGAGUCAUGAUUUAAAGAAAUGAUAUAAUAACAUAUAGAGAUGUCAUAAGAUGUCGUGUCACAAGAUCUCGUGAGACAACGUAUUU